GUAUACACAUAUCUCUACUGCAAGUGUGAAGGUACACCAUGUAAUCAGCUGAAAGAUAAAAGUGAUUUGAUAACACAAUGGAAGAAAUAUUAAAUACGGAGCUCUCUGAUAUUCAGUUAAAAAGACCCAGUAUUGUGGCACGGCUAAAGAGCGAUAAAACCUACAGAUGGAGGGUUAUGCAAUCUUGUCUGCUUUCCUUGACAAGUUUCACUUUGGGUAUUAUAAUUGGUCAACAGGGGCCAACAUUUUUGGACCUGCAGAUUAUCACAGGGACUGAUGUGGAAAUGGCCUCUUAUUUCUUCACCUCGUCUGCAUUUGGUUACAUGGUUGGAUCUUUCAUCAGUGGCUUUUUCCAUGGAAAGGUAAAAAGCAAUCUGACCAUGGCCAGUGCCAGCGCAGGUGCCGGCAUAUUGUCUAUCAUCACGCCGUACUGUUCACCUUUUGUCCUGAUGCUAAUGAUAAGGUUGUUUACCAACACGUGUCUGGGAGCUAUAGAUUCACUUGUGAAUGCUGAGCAGAUACGUAUUUGGGGAAGUGAAGCUCAGCCUCUACUGCAAGCUACACUUUUUACAAUAUCUCUCGGAGGCGUAGUGGCAACGUUGUUUACAGAGCCCUUCCUAGCAGAGAAAGAAACAGGGAACAGUACCAAUAGAACAGAUGGUGAACUUACAAUUUUUAUGAACUCAACAAGUCAGUGGAAGCAAGAAAAUACAUCCAACAUGACAUGGUUAGCUACCAAUGGUACCAUGUUGGUAAAAGCAAGAACUACAAAUGUUCAUUAUGCAUUUCUUAUAGCUGGCAUAAUUGCUAUACUAACUUCUUUUCCUUUUAUAUAUCUAAGCAUUGUAGAAAAAUCCACAGAAAACAAAUCUGAAGAGAAAUACACUCAAAGGGGUCAAAUUAGAAAGCUACCUAAACAUUUGAAUAUCUUUGUUAUUCUUAUGACAUGUUUCUUCUUUCUAGUCUAUUGCUGUAUCGAAGUUUCAUUCCCAACAUUCCUUAUGACUUUUGUUGUUUCUGAAUAUGUUGAAGUCUCCAAGUCGAAAGGGACUUAUAUAACAACUUUCUUCUGGGCUUCAUUGGCAGUAGGCAGAUUUGUCAGCUUUUUUAUGUCCAAAUAUAUCACAGCUGUUAAAUUAGUUGGUUUAUCUUCAUUUUUCUUAAUGAUAGCGUUUUUAGGUUUCACAAUAAGUGCGUUUUUUGCACAAAUUGACGCGAUCACAGUUUUUUCUGGCAUGGCUGGUGUUUCCAUGUCUGCUGUUUUUGCUGCUGGGUUUUCAUGGGCAGAAUCUGAACUGCUUAAAGUUACUGGUUGGGUUUCGUCUUUCAUUCUUAUAGCAGAUUCUAUGGGCUUGAUGAUCAAUCCACUCAUUAUUGGCUACCUCAUGGAAGAAGUUUCCAACAUGUGGUUCUGUUAUGUUUUGUUGAGCCAAACUUUGUUGCUGUGUUGUAUUUUCCUAUUUCUCCUGUUAUUUAACAGAUUUUAUCUUAACAAAGUUUAUGGAAAAGUUGGAGAUAGCAGAAAUUUAGAGACAAUCGUGGAAACAAUACUACAUGACACAGAUACAUUUUUAGAAACUGAUAUGAAAACGUAGCAUUUUGAAAAUAUCAGUUUAACGGUCUACAAAUUGAGAAACGUGUAAGAGAACCAGGGGUUCUCCAGAUAUUUCUCUACCGCAUCACUGCCUGAAAGAACCUCCGAAGAGCGUGUAAAUCAGCAAGUAUUUUUUAACUUGCAUAAUUUAUACUUGUUUUUUAAUAAGGAAAACGUACACUUAAGGCAGAACAAAAUUAAUAUAAGCUAUGAACUCUUUGUUGCAAUACUUUUUAAUAUUUUUUAUAACACAUUUUUGGAAAU